GGGCGGGGACCGGGACCCAGGCCCCGGGGCUCCGGGGCGCCGGGGCUCCGAGCCUCGGGAUGGAGGAGGACUCCUGUCCGCCGAAGACCCUGCGCCACUCUGCCAAGGCCGACAGCCCUCCUCGUGGCCUCGCCGGCAGCAAAGUGGCUCUCCCAGGCCCCCCUACCUCCAAAUGCAUCACUUACUGGAAAAGGAAAGUCAAGUCCGAGUACAUGCGUCUGCGCCAGCUGAAACGGUUUCAGGCCAACAUGGGUGCGAAGGCCCUGUUUGUGGCCAAUUUGGCGAAGGUUCAGGAAAAAACUCAGCUCCUGAAUGAAGCUUGGAAGGAGCUACGAGUGCAGCCGGUCCAGCUGAUGAAGCCGAUCAGCGGUCACCCCUUUCUCAAGAAGUGCACCGUGGAGAGUGCUUUCGCCGGCUUUUCCAGCCAGGACAUGCUGAUGAGGUCUCUGAACACGGUGGCCCUGGUGCCCAUCAUGUACUCCUGGUCCCCGCUGCAGCAGAAUUUCAUGGUGGAAGACGAAACGGUCCUGUGCAAUAUCCCUUACAUGGGGGACGAAGUCAAGGAUGAAGAUGAAACCUUCAUCCAAGAGCUGAUCAACAACUACGACGGGAAAGUGCAUGGGGAGGAAGAGAUGAUCCCGGGCUCGGUCCUGAUCAGUGAUGCCGUGUUCCUGGAGCUGGUGGAUGCCCUGAACCAGCACUCUGACCAGGAGGAAGAGGAGGAGGGGGGGGAGGAGGAAGAGGAGGAGGGCGGAGGCGCCGAGGCCACUGCUGGGAAGGAGGACAGCAAGGUGGAGAUGCCCAUCACACGCAAGAGGAAGAGACUCACCAUGGAAGGAAACCAAAAAGGCUCCAGGAAGCAGUUUCCAGACGAUAUGAUCUUCAGUGCUGUUUCCUCCAUGUUCCCCGAGAGCGGGGAGCCAGACGACAUGAAGGAGAGGUACCGGGAGCUCACCGAGGUGUCAGACCCCUCCGCCCUGCCCCCGCAGUGCACCCCAAACAUCGAUGGCCCCCGGGCCCAGUCUGUGCAGCGCGAGCAGUCCCUGCACUCCUUCCACACCCUCUUCUGCCGGCGCUGCUUCAAAUAUGACUGCUUCCUGCACCCCUUUCACGCCACCCCCAACGUAUACAAACGCAGGAACAAGGAAAUCAAGAUCGAGCCAGACCCGUGUGGGCCAGACUGCUUCCUGUGGCUGGAAGGAGCCAAGGAGUAUGCGAUGCUGCACAACCCCCGCUCUAAGUGCUCUAGCCGCCGCCGCCGCCGCCCGCCGCCCCCGGUCAGCGCCUCCUGCUCCAGCACUUCGGGCCCCGGCGCUCCGGCCUCCACCGCCGCCGCCGAAGCCAGAGAGGGCGACAGCGACCGGGACACGGGCAACGACUGGGCCUCCAGCUCCUCCGAGGCCAACUCCCGCUGCCAGACCCCCACCAAACAGAAGGCCAGUCCCGCCCCCGCCCCCGCUCAGCUCUGCAUGGCGGAAGCACCCCUGGAGGCCGUGGAGUGGACGGGGGCCGAAGAGUCCCUGUUCCGCGUCUUUCAUGGCACCUACUUCAACAACUUCUGCUCCAUAGCCAGGCUGCUGGGGACUAAGACUUGCAAGCAGGUGUUCCAGUUCGCCGUGAAAGAGUCGCUGAUCCUGAAGCUUCCCACGGCCGAGCUGCUGAGCCCCUCGCAGAAGAAGAAACGGAAGCACAGGUUGUGGGCUGCACACUGCAGGAAGAUUCAACUUAAAAAAGACAACUCGGCCAGCCAGGUGUACAACUACCAGCCCUGCGACCACCCGGACCGCCCGUGCGACAGCACGUGCCCCUGCGUCAUGACCCAGAAUUUCUGCGAGAAGUUCUGCCAGUGCAACCCCGACUGCCAGAAUCGCUUCCCAGGCUGUCGCUGCAAGACCCAAUGUAACACCAAGCAGUGUCCCUGCUACCUGGCCGUGCGCGAGUGCGACCCGGACCUGUGUCUCACCUGCGGGGCCUCGGAGCACUGGGACUGCAAGGUCGUGUCCUGCAAGAACUGCAGCAUCCAGCGGGGCCUCAAGAAGCACCUGCUCCUGGCCCCCUCAGCGGUGGCGGGCUGGGGCACCUUCAUUAAGGAGUCAGUGCAGAGGAACGAGUUCAUCUCCGAGUACUGCGGGGAGCUCAUCUCUCAGGAUGAGGCCGACCGGCGGGGCAAGGUCUACGACAAGUACAUGUCCAGCUUCCUCUUCAACCUCAACAACGACUUUGUGGUCGAUGCCACUCGAAAAGGAAACAAAAUCCGCUUCGCAAACCACUCGGUGAACCCCAACUGCUAUGCCAAGGUGGUGAUGGUGAACGGAGAUCAUCGCAUUGGGAUCUUUGCCAAACGGGCCAUCCAGGCUGGCGAAGAGCUCUUCUUUGACUACAGGUACAGCCAAGCAGACGCCCUCAAGUACGUCGGGAUUGAGCGGGAGACAGAUGUCCUGUAGCACAUACCCCCGCCUCCGCGCGCCCACCCCUGUGCCCCCUUCGCCCACCCCUGUGCCCCAGUGCCCCUGCAAAGUGCUGUCUGCUUCCACGCUCACCCUGUUGCUGCUUCCGUCCCGCAGGGGAGCUGAGUCGGGGGGCUGGGGACUGCAGGGCCCGGACCUGGAGCCUGUGCCAUGGGGAGAUCUGGGACAACGGAAAGGGCGACCCUCUCCCGGGUCACCCGCUGUUGCUCCUCCCCCCGGGUGGGGGAGGGGAGGCGAGGAUGCAUGGGCACCUGGAGGGACACCGGCUGCGGGGAGAAUCCUAGGAGGGGAAAUCUUCAGCCAAGCCGAGAUGAGAGACGUGGGGGCCAUGGGGAAGCUAAACGCUGCCGGCCUGAUCUCCUUCGAGGGCAGGACCCUUGGCUCCUGACCCGAUCCCGGGGGCCCGGCUUUGGGUCAGGCAGCACCUCUGCUUCUCCCCCCGACCCUCCGAUCCCUUGGGGAAAUCCUGCCCAGACGUUCCUGAAGUCACGUCAGUCCCGUUCCCAGUCCCCAACCCCUGCCCCUAGCCACCCCCCCCCCCCGUACCCAGGCUUCUAAUUUGCACCCGUCUGCUCUGCUGCUCAGUCUGCUGUUGUGCUGCUGAGGGUUUGUGUGUGUGUCUGUGCGUGUGUGUGCCCGCGCAUGUGUGUGAUCACACUAGAGGGUGAGGAGGGGGGUUCCUCACUCCUCCCAUCCCCCCGUCCCCACCAGCGUGUCAGCGUUAGGGUGGUCCUGUUGAAAGCGAUGGGCCCCAUCUCAGCUAGGGUGGGAGGGUGGAGGGUAGGCUUGACAGAACUUGUUUCCCUGCUGUGGCACCUGCUCUGUGGCCUGGGGGUCGUUACCACCCAGGUGUCUGGAGCGGGGAGGGGGAGGUGAGAGAGAGAGUGUGUAGGUGUGUGCACGCACGCAGUAGCAGUCCUUUUGGGGCUGUGGGUGUGUGGGGGCGGUGUAGUGGGGGGAGGGGGUGGAUGGCGUUCUCUGUGUCCUGCUAAGCUAAGCACUUUAACCGUUUCUCUGAGGAACAAGAGCUUUAAGGUUCCCCGGGUUGGGAGAGAGGGGUCCAGGCCCCCCACGCGAACACACAACUCCCCUCAAAACUGCGCUCGGCCCUCUCCUCUCUGGGAGCAGGAGCGACCCGCCCACCCCCGGUCCAAGGGAGUGGCAAGUGGAGAGCUCCCACCCGGGGCCCGGGCCCGAUCCAGUCGGGCCCCCGGGCCCCCGGUCGGGGACCGCAACCGCCUCCAGCCCCGCCCCGGGGGCCUGGCGGGAGCAGCAGGCUCAAUGGGGGAGUGGGAGGCUGGGAUCUGAAUGACUCGCUAGGUUGGAGGGGAAAACCCGGCGGGGAAGCAUCGUGGCCGGGGGCGGGCGAGGCCGGGUUCGGAGCAGGCCGGCUGGCCCGGCCCGUCCCCGUCCCCCCGUGACCGUUGCGGUCCGGCGGCGGGGCCGGGGAGGGACGCCGGCCGUGUGGCUCGUCGCCUGUGAAUCUCACGCACUUUAAAAGUCCUGUCGUUUGUAAGCUCUUGUCGGAAUAAAGCGGUAGAAGUCGGG